AUGCAACCGGAAUCCGGUUUGUUUGGCGCAAGCCCAUUGCCAAACAAUUGUUUGUUUGGCAACGGCUUUCACGCUCAUCCAAACACAACCCUCUCUCCUCCCACCACCACCGUCGUCGCUCCACGUAACCGCCCCCCUCACGUUGUGAGUGCCCGCCAUGGGCUAAGCGACGUGAGGGGGCUCACAUCGACCACCACGCCGCUCACCCGACAUCCAACAACGCUGCCAACACCACAACGCUGUGCCACGUCACCACGGCACACGAACCAGCACCCACGAUGGCCGCCCAGCACCCACAACAGUGCACAACGGCACACCACGUCCACGAAACAACACGCCGCCCACGAAACGAAGCCCAGCGCCCACGAAACGAAGCCCAGCGCCCACGUACACCUCCAACGGACGCGAAACAACACCCUGCGGACACGAUACAGCACCCAGCGCCCACGUACACCGCCAGCGCCCACGAAACGACGCCCAGCGCCCAUGCCAACGCCUAACGCCCACAACGCAACGCCCAGCGGACACGACACCAACGAGGACGACAACACGCCAGGACGACGACACGCGAAAACGACGACACGACGCGAUGACACGUCGACAAUGCGCGCCAACGAGACCACUCCCUCCCCCUCCCCUGCUGCUCACCACUCCUUCCUCUCCCUACUGCUCACCCACUACCCACCAUCCCCUUCCCCCUCCCUUACUCCCCCUCCUUUCCUGCUCACCACUCCCUCCCUCUCCCUACCCCCUUCAUUCCCUACCCCCUCCCUUCAUUCCCUACCCCCUUCAUUCCCUACCCCCUGUCUUCAUUCCCUCAUUCCCUACCUCCCUGCCCCUCCCUUCAGUUCUUCCCCCCCCUCUAGUUCUUCAUUCCCCCCACUCCCCAGCACCCCUACCCCUCCACUCCUUCCCCCUCACUCCCUCCACUUUUCCCCUCUCCCUCCACUCCUCCCCCUGCCUCCACUCCUCCCCCUGCCUCCACUCCUCCCCCUCCCUCUAUCUAGAUUCAAUGUAGAUAAAUUCCAUCAUGUAUUUUUAAUAAAUGAGUUGAAAUGA